CCGGCAUCCCCGCUCCAGCGCCGCCGCCGCCUCUCGGGACUCGUAGUCCGCGGCCUCUGCCCUCGCGCCGCGGGGAGGGGACGGAGGAGGGGGCGGGAGCUCCCGGCCCGCACGGCGCUCAGGAGGAGGCGGCGACAGCCCAGGCCCGCCCCGCGUGUCGCGGGACCCCGCGCUCUUAUCAGAAACCGCCUUGUCCCUCCAGCGGACAGCUCUUGGGAGAGCCGGGAGCAACUCCACAGAGUCGCCUGCUCGCUUCCUCACUUACAACACAUACCAGGAGAACUUCAACACACAGUGUUUACAAUUAAUUCACAGAAACGGAAAGUUCCCCUUCUUAGGCAGAUAAGUUCCUUAUUUAAUCUAUGUCCUUUUUCUACAAAUGUAAGCCAGAUGUAGACUAAUAAGUAAUGGCAACAUACUUCAGUAUCACGACAGUAUUUUAUUAUACACUAAAUAUUUUCCAGGGAGGUCAUAUUCAGUACAUAUGCUUUUGCUUUUAAAUUUUCAGCUCUAGAAAACAGAUGCAAGAGAGGUACCUUGGGUUGCCUUGAGAUCCCUCAAGGGUGCCACGGGUUGCCAAGCAUUCACAAGAUUAACCCAGAGUUUUCAAAUUGAAAUCGAUAGUGUUAAAAACAUUUUAACCAGUUCUGAUCUUUUUGAAUUGUUUGCUCUGUAUUUUUAUGUAGUUAAGAAACAAGGAAAACUAAGCUGGCAUUUUUCAAGGGGUGCUUUGGAUCUAAAAAGCUUAGAACCACUGAAUCCAGCCAGUGGUUUGGUCUGGUGCCCAGGAUGGGGGUGGCAGGCUCCAUCCAGCUGCAUGGAGGGGGGCAGGAGGUAGCCUUGCCCCAACCUGCCCUACAAGGGAAGGGUACUUGACCCAGCCUCAUGGGGUGGAAGGGAGGAUGGCCUAACCCCAACCCAGCCCCAUGGUGGGGUUGGGGUGUGGCCUGGGCCUGAUCCAGUUGUGGGGUGGGAAAGGACAUGGCCCAGCCCUGAUCCAGUUGUUCAAGGAGGGAGGGGGAGUAGGGCAUAGCCUGACCCCAGUGACCAGCCCAGCAUGGCUUGGGGUUUGGAAAUUUGGCAGUGGGGAGGAUGGCUAUAUUAAUCACUACCAAUUUCCUGACCCAUGGGGAGCCAAAUGCAAUGGCUCCACGGACCAGAAGUUGAUGACCUCUGAUCUAGAGCAUGCUAUUAAAUACAAAAGUACAAGGAGAAUAGUCAGUGCAUAUCCUAUGGCUCAUGCUUUCAUGUUUACACAAGUACACGAAACUCUGGUAAAUACAGUCUACCAUUAUUUUACACCUGGUAAAAGUGAGAUCAUAGCUCCAAAGUUAGAAUGAUUCAAGUGCCCAUUGCUGCAUGUAUGUUGGAAAACUGAAAGUGAGCCUUCAAUUCUUGUCUUACAUAUUCUGAGCUACUGGAAUUCAGUAUGAAUUCCAUUGAAACCUGGACAUUCUCAGAAAUUAUUUUAAAAAACUUGCUGCUUCUGGUUUUCAGAGCAGGACAGCCACAACUCACAGUAUCAAAGUUUGGGUCCAGAUCGCAAUACUGCAGCACGGGGCUAAACUAGCUCUAUUGAUUUCAGGGUGUCUAACACAGUAGUUCUCAACCUUUUUUAGACUUGAAAACACCUUUGAAAAUGCCAGCUUUUACUUUUUACUCAUGUCUCUCAGGAUCUCCUGGAGUCAACCCCCCGCAACAUAGCAGCGUGGGAAGUGCCUGUGUGUGCAGUUUGUGGCCCCGCAGCCACAUACUGCACGUCAACACUUGUCUGGAUGUGGCCAGAAAGACCACAACAGUGUCAUCUAUCAUUGAUUCCAAGUAGACCAUAUGAGAAAGUGGGUGUGAGGAAAACUUACUGGAAUCAGGAGAGAGGUGGUGGGACGCCGCAUCAACAGCCAAUCACGGCAAAAGUGAAACCGGGGUGACUGGAGCCACCGCGGUCAAAGAUCAAAGGAAAAACCCAUGGCGGAGCCGGGAACGGCUCCCACAUCUGCCUGGGCGGGCAGCUGAAGCCGGCAGAAAAGCCCCAACCGGAAGGAAGCUGGGGGGUCUGGAAAGAGCAUCCCCGGCUGGCCCAGAGGGGUCAGAACAGUCGGAGUAUCUGGAGGAAGAGGCUUGGUGGCUCCCUCGGGAAGGGAGCGUGAAGGGAACGCUGGGCCAGUGAGGGCCCAAGGAGUCGCUGGCAGACCCGGUGUGGACCACAGCCAGUAGCCAGAGUGACUGGGACAUCGGCAAACGCAACGAGGAUGGGACCCUGACCUGAAUGACUGGCAGCAGGUUCAUUCUUCAUGAUAGGAUGGAGAACAAACAUCAGCAAUUACUUUUAGCAAGGGAAGCAAACACAGAAAUUGAAAACCAGUCCUCUGAGCUGCUAAAAGACCUAGCAUUGAAGUGGUUUAUGGACACGCAGGCUCCUCUACUAUUACAGAAUGGUACUUUACCUGAAUGGUUCCACGGAUUCAUUACAAGAAAGCAGACUGAAGACCUGCUUACAGACAAGGACCUUGGCUGUUUUCUUAUCAGAUUAAGUGACAAAGCAGUUGGGUAUAUUCUGUCCUAUAGAGGUAAAGAUCGAUGCCGGCAUUUUGUAAUUAAUUAUUUACGGAAUGGACAUUAUGUAGUGUCUGGAGAUACUUGCACCCAUGAAAGUCUUGCAGACCUGAUUGAAUAUUAUCAGACUUCAGAAAUUGAGCCUUUUGGAGAGAAUCUCAUGACAGCUUGCACUCAGAGACUAGAAAAAAGUGUAUAUGAUGAAAUCUCUUGGGACCAGCAAACUUCUUCAAAGCAAAGUAAAUCAAGCAGUGGAACAGUGAACCCACUGCUGAUAAAGCAAGUGUCUGGUAGUUUACCAACCACUGUACCAAAGAAGGAUACCCCCAGCAGUCCUGCUCAGGAUGAAAAACUCCCAAGCUUACCUCCAAGAUCAAAGAAAACACUUCAGGAGCAGCAGAGAAACUUGUCAGGAGAGAAAAAACACUUCAGUCAUGAGGAUUUAGACAUGGCCCCACCACUGCCGGACAGGAGCAGCUUGCUUAUGCCUGAGAUACUCAAACACGACUUAGAUGAUCAAGGAACUACGGUAUAUGCAAUGCUGAACAAAUACCACCUAAGUGACAGGGACCAUGGUUUGGAGACACACUCUGCCACUGACAAAGUCCUCAGUGAGAAUCCAGGCUGUUCAGCACAAGGGGAACCCCAGCACAAACCAGGAGAACUAGACCAAGCAAGCUACACUCGUGGCAAAAAAAUAAGCACUGUGUAUGCUGUUACUAAACAAACUGAACAUUUUUACAGUAAAAAACUUGACCUGACAAAGCCAUCCCCCCAAGACAUUGUGUAUUCUGAGGUUAACCUAAAACAAGACAAAUGCCAUUCUUCACUUACACAAGGUCAAGGUAUCUUUUCCCUACCUUUUCCUCUAUCAACUCCUUCAGAAACAAAGUUGACAUUAAGUGCUCCUGCUUCAAUGCUCUCUAAGUUGUCUAAGUUACCCAAUAAAGCUGGAACCUCCAUGGAGUCCCAGGGUUCAGAACAACUAUAUGCAACCUCUCUACACUUCAAAGGCCAAUCACAAGAGAAGAUCACUAAUUCACUGACACACAUCACAUAUGGACAGACUGAGAAGGUGAAAUCCUCUACUGCUUUUGCUUCUGGCUUUGGUAAUCUAAGCAAUACUUAUGAACAGAUUCCUAUUGGCUGGUCAAGGUCAUCCAGUGAUGACCUACCUUCAGAGAAAAUUUCCAAGUCUCCUUUAAUAAAAGCUGAUGUUACUUAUGAUCAGGUGUCUACUUUGAACAUAAGAUCCUUCAGAACAGAGAACCAUACUGAUAAUUCAUGUGAAAAGACCCCUGAGCAUUGUCUCAAAGGUUCAUCUGCAAAGCAAGUUCCUGGUACUAAUCACACACAUGAGCUAAUUUCCAUGGACCAAGUAAAGGGAGCAGAAGCAAAAUCAAACCUGAAGAUGGAUAAGCGAAGAAGAUUUUUUUUUCCAGACAAGAAGAAUAAAUCAUGAAGCUUUAAAUCUCUUUAACUUAAUCUAAGGAAAAGAUCACAAAGUGACAUGUGACUACAGAAGUAUUCCUUCUGUAAUUUCACUAAUUGCAGUGUGGUUAGCUAGAGAUGCAUUAAUCCAUAUUAUUUAUAAAAGCAAUAACACGUAGCUGGCAGCUAACCAUUGCUCUAAUUCACAGAAAUCUGAGACAAUCUCCAUUUCCUUCACAUCCAUGUGAAUUUGGGACCAAAGUCAAGCACUCAAUUGGAAUUCCAAGUCCAGUGCCAUGGAACAUAUAGGUUAUUGACAGAAGUUAAUUGAAAUGCCUUUGAAAUGUUUCUGGACAAAAUGUAGGCCCUUUAAAAUGUUCCAAAAAGAGCUGAAGUGUUUUGAAACAGUAUCUCUUGAUAUAAGGUGCUGUUUUGGAGCAUUUCAGUUUCUGUUGCUUGUGUAUAGGGACAGGGGAUCCUCCAGAAUCCCAUAGUGCUCUAUCCCCCUCACCUCCCCACACACAAAGGGGAGGAAAGGAGAACAAGGUGAGCAGUCUUCAUGCUGAGUAACAGCCUGCCAGACUGUGCAGCCACUGGAUUCCUUCCCCUGCUGAUCUGCACGCAAGGGCCCGGGUCACUGCUAGGUCUGGGCUCUUCGGCCCAGUUUCCUCUAUCCCUCAGCUUUCCAUCUCACCAAAAUGGAGGGAUAGAUGGGUCUGGGACUGAAGAUUCAGACUCCUCACAGCUUUUUAGAGCUUAUGAGUUUAUGACCUAGCCUAGCCUAACUAAAUAAAAAACAAAUUUGACCCUAGUCAAAUAAUUAGCUCCAGCUACUAGACUAUGAGUUCAUGCUUCUCUGUCUAUUUGCCUGCGCUUAUGUUUUGCCUGAUUCUUAGAUUGUGAGUUUUCUGAAGAUGUGACUGAUUUUAUUGUCUUUGUGCAGCAUACAGUACAAUAGGGUGCCAAUCCCUGACAGGGCCUACAGCAAUACAGAUAAUUACUGUAUAGUCACAUGCACAUACUGAUGCUGUAAUAUGCAACUCUCGUAACACCGGCAUCUGACUAAUUCCAUUACAUUUUCAAUACUGCCUUUUUCUCUUCCAAAAAAUCCAUGGCCUGAUUCAAACUUCACAUCCGUUUUAUGCUGUUUAAAAUGUAGUGACUCAAGUUACUCCCAAUUUACCUUAGUGGGAGUGAAACAGAAAUAAACCCCAUGAAUCUACAUAUACGAGAUUCUUUAUUUGCAAAUCUUUAUCCAGAAUGCUGAAGACAGAGAUAAACUAUCAUAUUUUUUACUCAGAGCCUAAGUCUAAAUCUCUCUUUUAAAAUUGAAAAUAAAUGUAUGCACCUAUUUAUAGCUUAUAUUGCAAUGCGUAUUCUUUCUGCUUUUUAUCUUUUAUUUUACAUAAAUGCAA